AUGGCAGAACUAUCAUCGGAUGAGCGAGCCAAGCUUGGCGCAAAGCUCAUAGAGCAGUCUCCACCCGGAGAGGUCAACGAUGUGAUCAAUGCUAUCCGAGCUAUCGUAGGCGACGAUGACGCCUUGAUGGUCCACGCUGGACCAGCUCUCAGGGCGUACAACCUCGUUCAACUCACGGUGGUCGAGCAUCCCGCCAGAGAAGGUGCACCUGCGCAUACCUCUGUCUUGUCCGAGGCGGCCAUCCUGCCGGGCACGUCAGGCGACGGCGAGCGGUACAUCGAUGCUAUCGGGAAGCAGAGCUUUACGUUUGACCAUGUCAACGUCGUCGCGAGUGAUUAUGAAGCGUAUGAAUUGCCAGAGGAGGAAGAGGCCUUCCGGGCGGAGCUAGCAAAGUCAUUAGCUGCAUAUACUAAGAACCAUUAUCCGACCGGUCAAUCCUCCGUCAAUUGCUCGCAGCACCCACUUCUACCGCCUGCACCAGCUCCAGAGGCCGAGCCUGAGGCUGCACCCUCACCAGAGCCGGCUACUCCGCAACCGCCUACCGACGACGUGAUUAUGGAGGGCGCAACACCAGCAAAGAUGGCCGAGACGGAUGAUAUCGUUACGGACGUCAUACCCGAGCAGGUCGGCGCAGGGUCCAGCGAGCCUGCGCCUACGCCUGCGGUGGGAGCGGAGGUAGCAAAGACGGGGGAGGUGGAUCAACCGGGAGGACUGGAGAAGGUGGAUGAGGCAGUCGAGGAGGUCAAGCAGGCAGAAGACGGGGAGGCACCUGCUGAGAAUGAGACGGCUGGAGAAUCCGAUUCAUCGGCAGAAUCACCGGAUGGUCCGAAGGAAACGCCAGAGGUCGACUCAACAUCAUCGGACAAGACCUCGGCGGAGAAGCCAGUCGAGCGACAACAGGAGCGACUGGAGAAUCCGAUCUACACCCUGGAAGUGGUAGGAAACCGGUACAAGACGGACGCUUUCUGGACUGGGAGAUGGCGGACAUGCUGGACUGUCGAUAAAGCCGCCGCUAAAGUCGAAGGCAAGCUGCUUGUCGAUGUGCACUACUUUGAACAGGGCAAUGUGCAACUCACUACCCAACACAAAGCAUCUUUCGCGUACCCAUCAGAAGUGUCUGGGCAGAGCAUCGCCAGCCAGAUUGUCACCACGAUCAGCAAAGUCGAGGCGGCGUAUCAGAUGGAAUUGCAGGAUGUGUAUGGUGAUUUGGGAGAUAAGGUUUUCAGAUCCUUGCGCCGAGCGUUACCGGUGACCAGGCAGAAGGUGGAUUGGGAGAAGGUAGGGGGCUACUCCCUCGGGAGCGAUAUCAGCAAGGCGAGGGCCUAG